UAUAAAGGUUUGUGUGUACUAACAGUUAACCCGUCACAUCCUUGAUCACUACUAACCAGGGAUAUGAGUUUGGAUCAAAGAUGGAAAUAGACGAACAUCGUCAAAUAUCCGCUUACAACAGAUAUCGCAGCAACGAGGAUCUCAGAAUUGUCGCAUGUACCUGCCAGAACCAAUCGUCUCUCGCCAUUCAAUCUCAUCUAUCGGGAAAAGUUUCAUUUUCAUCCUUGGAGCUCCCAUUUCAAAAUGACAACGCUAAUAUCGACAUUGUGGAGAACACACUUAAGGAUGUCCUUUGCACUGUAUUCUUAGUUUGCCAUCAUUUUAGAGAAAACAUAUUGAACGUAAUAAGUGACUGGGAACCAGAAAUCACAAGUCGGAUUGUCAUCGUUUAUACCAGUAGGACAUUGGCAUUGCCGACGGGUAUACAAUCAGUUUAUCUUGACUCCCACAACUACUGUCAGGAAGUUCUUGACAAAGCGUUAGAUGUUUUGCGCAAGCAAAGUCUGUACGAUGACUUUAGUUUAGGAAACAUGGACACGAUGAACACAUCUAUCAAUACGUUCGAAGUUUAUCAAAAUGAAGAUUCGUCAGGUAUAUACGAAUCAUGUUCAUAUCCGUUCUAUUCUAACGACGAAACUUUUAGAAAAAGUACACAUGUCAGUUCAAUAAGCAAUUCAAAUGCAUCUGAAGACGAGACAGAGGUAAAAGAGACAGUUCAAAGCCGGAAGGACAUUACCAAUGAAGCAAAUCACGGAUUAAAACGUGAAAGAAACAAAGAUGAGCAGAACCCUUAUCAAUCUUUAUCGACGUGUAAACGAGAAAAACUUGUUAAUCUGGCAAAUGGAGGUGAAGCGCUGGAGGAAUUCUGCUCUCCAUUUCAUGUUUACAACAAAAGAGCGGAAACUAUAGUUGAAGACAUAAACACAGGCGAAAGAGCGUUAGUCAUGGACUUGAUUAAACACGUUCAUGCUGUCGCCAUCCCCUCAGCAGUCUCCCAGAUUGACCUACGAGCACUCUCCAUUCUCUCUGACUGCUACAAUAACGGCAUCGAAAGAGGAACCUCAAGAGAAAUACAGAACAUUCUAUUUAAAACUGAGGUAGGGAGACACAAUUUAGAAGCGUUAUUGGAAAGCGUUGACCUCUUACUAGGGGUAGUCAGGCGUAGGGCAGCCUCUUCAGAUACUCUUCUCAACACUCUGCCAAAUGUGAUAGUUAUGUUGGCGUUGUCACAUCAUCUUUUGUUAUCACAUCAUGAUAAAGCUUCCGUGUCGGAAAUUGUACGGACAAGAAUUCAGAACUUUCUCGUGUUGCUUGAAGAAAUUGAAUAUCCACAGAAUAACGAGACGGAAUUGUACUUACUCAACGCCGUGAAAACGAUGAUCAGUGGACUAGAAAAGGUCAUGACCGGUAAGAAGGCAAAUCGUUUGCAGAUUGGCAGCUGGAAAGACGAACUUCAGAAAGAAAGUUGUCGGACAAAGAUAGGCAGAAGUCUGAUGAAGAUGGCAGUAUUCGAACAUUAUUCACUCAUCAUUAGACUCAUCAUCGAGCUUCAUCUUCGCCUCAUAGAGAAAAACGUGGAAUUCCUGUUUGCCUCGCUGAUGUCAAUCAAGAGUGCGAUGAAGAAGACAGAUGGGCAUAUUCUAUAUCCUCUACUUGUGGUAGUGUUCAGAGGAAUAACAAGCCUUCUCAACAAUCACAUCCAACAAAAUCACCACAGAGAUGAGGUCCAGGACAAUAUUCAUAAGACGUGCAUUGAUAUGCUGAAGAAAUGCCUCGGAAGUGCAAAGGUCAGUCUGGAAUGCAAACAAGACCUGCGUGAGAACCUCAACAGCUUAUUGUUCCACAAACGUAAAUGGAUCGCAAAUGCUGUUUCUACACUGAUGGCAGCAGCAGAUGGUCGGUUUUGUUUGGCUGAAAAAGUGUAUCCACACAUGAAAACCAUCUUGGAACCACUAAGUUUUUCAAUAAAUUCUGAAUCCCUAGAAAGCCAAUGUCUUCCAAGAUGGGAGAACGUGUCAGGGACAAUAACAGGACAUAAAGAGGUUAGUGUCCAUGUUCUUCUUCCAGCAAACGGGACGUGUGACCUUCAGCAAUACCACAAGAGUGUUGCCAAAGAUAAAAAGGCUGGAAUGCACUGCAACACUCUGGAUGUAUUGAGAAGCCUUCUUGGAACUGAACAGCAUCCGAACAUGAAAAGACUUAUUGCGUUUCACUUGCAGGCAAUCCCAAUGUUCUACAUGACCGAAAAACUGUCAGAUGCAUCACUAAGUACGUACUUGCUUCGAGAACGAAAGGAUCGGAGUUGGCUGCCUGCCCGAACCCUUGGAUCCAUUGCUUUGGACUGUGUAAGAGCCGUUGAUUUCCUGCACGAAAGGAAGAUCAUACAUAGAAACAUCACUGCUUCCAGUUUCUGUUACCGAGGAGAACACACAAAUUUUGUUCUUUCUGACUUCAGUAUUGCCAAAGCGAUUGACGACGGUUCGAAUGGUUCCAGUACUUUUAUCCAAGACAUAGAGGGAAAUUUAAUUCCGACCCGAUGGUCCUCUCCUGAGUCACUGAUAGAUGAUCGCUAUGACGUCAUGUCCGAUACCUGGAUGCUUGGCCAAUUGUUGACCGAGAUAUUCACACAUGGAUGCCAUCCUUUUCCGGAAAUGUGCGCGUUUGAAUUCGACGACCUCAUGGAUAUGGUGGUUUUCCAUGACCUGAAACCCCGUCGGUGGCCCUGUAUACCUUUACCUGUACACAACAUUACUCUUCAAUGUCUUGAAACCAAGCCGCAUUCGCGAAUCAAACCGAAAGAGGUCCUUGAGAAAUUGAACAACUGGAUGGCCUCUCCUGACGAAAGCGAUGGUCAUUUACCAAAAUCAAGCAUUGAAGCGUUUGCUAACAAGAUCUUGAAUUAUCCGGAGCUGGACCCUAACCAGAAAGAACCAGAAAGAGGAUCCACAGAGCAGUUAAAACAACUGAAAAACAUGAGAGGAAAUCCCCGAGUGUCUUACUACAACAAGGCAUCAAAAAGACGGCUUUCCUCUUUUGUAAGGAGGUGCUGUAUCAGGGAGCAGGACCUUACAGCCCCAGACCAUCCAAUCAUUAAAGAAAAGGGACUGUACUUGGAAAUAGAAGAGCCAGUGACAAAAGCAUUCAUGGGCGAAACGUUUCCAAAACUGUGUAACAAAUUUGCGUUGAGUGAACUUUUACACAUAGCGACGUUUCCUCCAGAACACCAUAAGCGAGACUGCACAAAUCCUGAAGGACUUACCCAUGCUUUGUUAUACCGAUGCAAAAGGGCGGACUCGUUAUUAAACAUCGCUGCAACCUGUAGUUUAGGAGACCCAGAAGACAACGAAAUGCCAUACCUGCAGGUCGUUUAUGAGCUAGUCCAAUUCGUCAAUGCCAUGCACAAGAACUGCUGGAUUUUACGAGAUUUGUGCUGCUCCACGCUCUACAGAUCACAGGUGCACGACAAGGUAUUCAUGCCACGGGUUGGACGAAUGCUAAAGAUAGAAAAAAGAAACUUAUGGAUUGAGGCCUGUAUCAUCGACAAAUCGACGUGUGUCGAUGACAGACGAAACUGGAUGCCGGCGGAAGUGAUUCAGAGUGGUCAGUUCUCUCAAGCCAGUGACGUCUACAUGAUGGCUAUGACUAUUUACCAGUUCUAUUCUACCGCCUCCUUGUUUAAAUCAAAUCCCACAGCCAGUCGUUUAGAGGCGGUUCCGUUUUGCAAGGUUGAACCUGAAAAACUGCUUGAGACCCUUUAUCGAGGUGAGGUUCCGGAAGAGCCCGAUUCUUGCCCUGCAUGGUUAUUUGAAAUCAUGAAGGAGUGCUGGAAUAGAGAUUCGACGAAGCGUCCAUCUACAGAUUACAUUUUGGAAAAGAUUAAUAACAGGUUCAUUUACACUGACGACUCUACAUUUGAAAGCAUGUCUUCAGAAGACACCAGUCCGUCUGCUGGCAGCGUCUUAUUCAGAGACAGCCGUGAGCAUAAUGCCACUAGACUUCCCAAUGUUCCUCUUGCGGAAGAAACCGAUCGGCCACUUCGUCCACCCAGACCCAAGCGUGCAAAGAGUAGACCAGUGCCGAUCCAGGAAAAUGAUCAUUUCAAUGUCAACACAAUUGUUUUUAUUGACCAGAACACCGUUCAGGGACGUCCAUCAACCGAUGUGUCUUCCUGUGUCACCAGAAAUGACGUUGCAACAGCUCCAUCUUCAAACCAAGACGAUUUAUGUGUGUCGUGUGCAAAUAGCAAUGAUGGCACAUACGUAAAUUCAGUCAGUGGUUCGUUAAAUGCAUCAAUACAAACGCCAGAAAGGAAAUCAACACGCACACACGUAGCGUCCAUAUUUGGUCAUUCAAAUCCUUCUUUGCAUGACAAAAAAAUUGCCAGAUCUUUUGAAGGCGAUAUGCCUGGCUAUUUGGACUUGGACCAGAGUCCAAAUAAGGAAGCAUGUGCUAGAACCGUUGCCAUCGCCAAGCCUCCAGAAGAGUUCAAGGACUCAUUGCACGAGAUAAUAAUCGUCCAAACAGCUUUUAAGGACGAUAAUGCAGGUUAUCAAGACUUCGAUCAACAAACUGAAGAAGGAACUACUGGUUCAGAUGAUCUUGAUAUGGGAGAGCAAGAUGUCAUACCAAAUCCUCCGAACAGUAGCUUACGGAACAGGCUUAUGCAAGCUCUACCACAGGUCACUAGGAAACAUGACGUAUCUAGGACGUCUUCAACCAUUACAAACGGAAGUUCAAAUGACUCGGCGAUAUCUUGUGCUAACAGCGAGACACUGGAACCGGUGAGUGAUGUAUAUGAUUAUGCAACUACCAUAUCGAAUCCUCCGAACAGUAGCGUACGGGACAGGCCUCAGCAAGUUCUACCACAGGUACCUUGUAACCAUGACGUAACUAGAACGACUUCAAUCAUUACAAACGGAAGUUCAAAUCACUCGACAGUAUCACGUGCUAACAGCGAGACACCGGAACCGGUAGGAAAUGUAUAUGAUUAUGCAGAUGCCAUGCCGAAUUCUUCUAACAGUAGCUUACGGGACAUGCCAUGGCGAGAUCUACCACAUGUUUGUGGGAACCAUAACGUUUUUAGAACGGCUUCAAUUGUGACAAAUGGAAGUUCAAAUGACUCCGAAAUAUCUUGUGCUAACAGUGAGGCACUGGAACCGGUGAGUGAUGAACAUGUAUAUGAGAACGCAACUACCAUAUCGAAUCCUCCGAACAGUAGCGUACGGGACAGGCAUCGGCAAGCUCUACCUCAUGUUUCUGUGAAUUCUGGGAACCAUUACGUAUCUAGGACGGCUUCAAUGGUGACAAAUGGAAGUUCAAAUGACUCCGAAAUAUCUUGUGCUAACAGCGAGGCGAUCGAGAAUGACUAUGACUACAUACCGCUAGAGUGAACACUGAACAGUAUGUUCAUGAAUAAGGGAUACCCUAUCGCUUCAUGAUAUGAAUAUAUAUGAAAACAAAAACAAUUUGUAGGGUCAGAGAGUCCCUACACUAGUACUGUAGACAAUGAAGGAAACGAAGAACCCUUUUCAUCAAGCUGAGCGUUUGAAAAUGACAUUCUGAUUUACAAGAAUCUAGUAAGUAUAAGGUAUUGAUAUCUCGUCCUUUGACAUCAAACGGCUCGAAAACUCUUGGGUACAUCCGAUCGUAUUUUCGUCUUUAGCAAGUAUAUUCAGUAUAUACUUCUUGUCACUGGACGCACUUAACUUUCUCUUUAGCAUUGUGAUAAGUACCCCCUCCAUAAAUUGGAUAGAAAAAAGAACUUACAUGUACCUCAUGCCAAAAUUUGUUGAAUUUCAUCGAUAACAUAUAUAUUUGCUGAAAAUGUCACCUUUUUCGACCUCCCCAACGAGGGCGCAUUUAUCAUGACAACGAAUGUUAGUAUACAACAUAAUAUUUAUCGGUGUUAAACGUGAAGGGCGAAAUUUACAUUGGGCGAAUAUUGAUUAAUCGGUGAAAGGCGAAAAUUUAGACUUGGCGCAAGUUUUUCGGUAUACAGUAUUCAUUUAAAGAUAUUCCUUUUCCUUUUAAAUGCAACACUAUUUCAUUAAAAGAAUCGUCAACUUCAUUAAAAUAUAGAUCUUUUUUUCAUUUAGUGACAUCUCUAAUAUACAUGAGCGAACUCUCUAAGGGUAGUAAAAGCUGAGUUUGCUUGCCAAUUUCAUGUUUCCUACUCAUUUUCAAUGAUUUACCAUGUGCUCUUUAAAAUCCUCUUAUCAAUAAUUGUUUCAUUCAAAUUUCUUGACAUAGUAAAGUGACUGUGUACAUUGUAUUUAAAGAAGCGAAUCAAAUGCCAAAAGCAAAUGCCACCGUGUUGUUAUAAAUCAUUCGAUGACAAUUCCGUCUUUGCGUAUUGCAGAGUUAUCUUCUCUUGGGAGCAGGUAUUGAUUGUUA